UGGAAACCACACGCCAAAAGCGGCUCCCUCCACUUCCACGCUCCCACUCACGCCACGCGCGCCUGGAAGCUGCGAGACGAUGCGGCUGCAGGGCUGAGCGCCACCGGCUCUCUUUCCACCCGCGGAGACGCGACGUUCGGCUGCAGCGCUGCGUAAAAGAUGAACCUUCAGGCCGGCUGAACGUGGAGGCUGCAGACCGACGCGCUUCGGUGAAAGGUGGGGGAGGGGGGACGGCAGGCCGUCUACUUAAGAGGAUAAAAGAAAGGACGGAAAGGGAAAGGGAGCUAUUUAUAAGGUGGACGCUCUCGGUGACGUCAUGAGCGGCGGAGCGGACGAGAGCUCGGUGCGCGUUGCCCUGAGGAUCCGUCCUCAGUUGGCUAAAGAAAAGAUCGAGGGCUGUCACAUAUGCACAUAUGUGAUGCCCGGAGAACCACAAGUGGUCCUCGGCAAGGACAAGGCCUUCACCUUUGAUCAUGUUUUUGACAUGGACACUCAGCAGGAAGCUAUCUACACCCACUGUACUGAGAGACUCAUUGAGGGGUGCCUUGAGGGCUACAACGCCACCAUCUUUGCAUAUGGACAGACCGGUUCAGGUAAGACGUACACCAUGGGAACCGGCUUCGAUGUCAACAUCGGAGACGAAGAGCAGGGCAUCAUUCCCCGGGCCGUCCACCACCUGUUCAGGGGGAUCGAGGAGCGCAGACAGGCUGCCACCGAGCAGGGCAGGCCUGUCCCUGAGUUCAAGAUCAACGCGCAGUUCCUAGAGCUGUACAACGAAGAGGUUCUGGAUUUGUUUGACACGACCCGAGACCUGGAGGCCAGGAGGCAGAGGUCCAACAUCAAAAUCCAUGAGGACGCCAAUGGGGGCAUCUACACCGUGGGGGUCACCACCCGUACCGUCACCUCGGCUGCUGAGAUGAUGCAAUGCCUGAAGCUGGGCGCCUUGUCUCGCACCACCGCCAGCACCCAGAUGAAUGUCCAGAGUUCACGCUCCCACGCCAUCUUCACCAUCCACCUCUGCCAAGUGCGAGUCUGCUCUACUGAUAACAAUGAUAAUGUCACCGAUAACCGGCUGGCUAGUGAUUCAGAAAUAAAUGAGUUUGAAACGCUGACCGCCAAGUUCCACUUUGUGGAUCUGGCCGGCUCAGAGAGACUGAAAAGAACCGGAGCGACGGGAGACCGAGCAAAAGAGGGCAUCUCCAUCAACUGUGGACUGCUUGCCUUGGGAAAUGUCAUCAGUGCUUUGGGGGACCGAAGUAAACGCUCCACCCACGUGCCUUACAGAGACUCCAAACUCACCCGGCUCUUACAGGACUCACUAGGCGGCAACAGCCAAACUGUCAUGAUCGCCUGCAUCAGCCCAUCUGACCGAGACUUCAUGGAGACCUUGAACACCCUAAAGUACGCCAACAGGGCCCGAAACAUCAAGAACAAGGUAAUGGUGAACCAGGACAGAGCCAGCCAGCAGAUCAGUGCCCUCAGGACGGAGAUAGCCCGCCUGCAGAUGGAGCUGAUGGAGUACAAGACGGGGAAACGUGUGUUGGGGGAAGAUGGUGUGGAGGGCAUCAAUGAUCUGGUCCAUGAGAACUCCAUGUUGCAGACGGAGAACAACAACCUGAGAGUGAGAGUGAAGGCUAUGCAAGAGACUAUUGAUGCACAGAGGAUGCGGCUGACGCAGCUCCUCAGUGAGCAGGCCAGCCAGGUCCUCGCUAAAGCAGGUGAGGGGAGUGAAGAAAUUGGGAAUAUGAUUCAGAACUACAUUAAAGAAAUCGAAGAGCUGCGAGCGAAGCUUCUCGAGAGCGAAGCCGUGAACGAGAAUCUGAGAAAGAGCCUGUCUCGGGCGUCGGCUCGCUCAUCGCUGUACGGCGGCCCAGGCUCCUUUUCCUCCGCCCUGAUCGCCCCGGAGAAGGAGGCCAGCGACGUCAUCGAGAUGGCCAAGAAAAACCUGGAGAAGCUUAAGAAGAUGGAGAAGAAGAAGAAGAAAAGUGUUGUCAAGGAGGAGCUCCCUGACAACGAUCAGGAGAGAAGCAACGAGGAGGCGGAGGGGGAAGCAAGUGGGCAUGAAGACGGAGAAGAUGCAGAUGGAGAAGAGGAUGACUUCGAUAUGGAAGGAGAGGAGUCGUCUGAAGGUUCGGACUCAGAGGAGCUGGAUGAGAAAGAAAACGUGCAGGCUGACUUGGCCAACAUCACGUGCGAGAUCGCCAUCAAGCAGAAGCUGAUCGACGAGCUGGAGAACAGCCAGCGGCGCCUCCACACCCUCAAGCAGCAGUACGAGCAGAAGCUGAUGAUGCUGCAGAACAAGAUCCGAGACACGCAGCUGGAGAGGGACAAAGUUCUGCACAACAUGGGCUCAGUUGAAUCGGGCACUGAGGAGAAAGCCAAAAAAAUUAAAGCAGAGUACGAGAGAAAGCUGAGCAGCAUGAACAAAGAGCUGCAGAAGCUCCAGUCGGCUCAGAAGGAGCACGCCCGCCUGCUGAAGAACCAAACGCAGUACGAGAAACAGCUGAAGAAGCUCCAGCAGGAUGUCAACGAGAUGAAGAAGACUAAAGUGGCGCUGAUGCGUCAGAUGAAGGAGCAGCAGGAGAGGAGUAGGGCAACAGAGUGCAGGAGGAACAGAGAGAUCGCGACUCUGAAGAAGGACCAGCGCAGAGCAGAGCUUCAAGUGAGGCAGCUGGAGGCCCAGAAAAGACAACAGGAGCUGAUCCUUCGCAGGAAGAAUGAGGAGGUGACGGCUCUGAGGCGACAGGUGAGACCAGUGUCUGGAAAGGUGAGUAGGAAGCUGAGCUCACCGGAGUCAGCUCUGGAAGCUUCAUCAAGAGGGAACCUCGGGCGGCCGCGGACGUCCGGAGCAAACGCGUCCAACGGAGCAAGGUUCGUCACGUCACGUAGCUCACAGCAGCGUUCAGAGUUCAGCAGCUCUAAUGGAGUCGCCUCCCUUUUCAGGAGCUCCACCAUGAGGAUGGGAAGCAUCUACCUGAACAGGACGGCCAGGACCAAGUGGCAGUCUCUGGAAAGACGUGUCAGUGACAUCAUCAUGCAGAGGAUGACCAUUUCCAACAUGGAGGCAGACAUGAACCGACUUCUGAAGCAAAGGGAGGAGCUGACCCGGCGGCGGGAGCGCGUGUCCAGGAAGAGAGAGAAGCUGGCGGCGGACGGCGCUGAUGCCGACCGCUCUCUAGCCUCCCUGAACGAGGAGCUGGAGUCACUGGGCGCUAACAUCGACUACAUCAACGACAGCAUCGCCGAAUGUCAGGCCAACAUCAUGCAGAUGGAGGAAGCCAAGGAGGAAGGAGACACCGUGGACAUCACUGCCGUCAUCAGCUCCUGCAGCCUAUCUGAAGCCCGCUUCCUUCUGGACCAUUUUGUCUCCAUGGCGAUCAACAAGGGUCUGCAGGCAGCUCAGAAGGACUCCCAGCUGAAAGUGAUGGAGGGGAGGCUGAAGCAGACCGAGAUAAACAGCGCCACCCAGAACCAGCUGCUCUUCCACAUGCUGAAGGAAAAAGCCGAGAUCAACCCCGAGCUGGACGCCCUGCUAGGCAGCGCCCUGCAAGAGUUAGGGUUCCUGUUACCAGCUGCAGAAAACGGGGACUGCAGCAGCAGCGACGAGUCUACACAGAGUCCAGCUCCAGAUGGCAGCACAAUGUCAUCAGAUUUGAUGAAGUUAUGUGGCGAGUCCAAACCAAGAGGAAAGGCUCGAAGGCGGACUACCACCCAGAUGGAGCUGCUCUAUGCUAGCAGUGGAGAUUUGGCCUGCGAGUCCCCCACCGGAGACUUCCCGUCUCCUCUGCUGCCCCUCGCGGAGCGAGGGCCGGCAGACAUGUGGGGUCACCCAGCUGGUCAAGCCCCAGACCACGAGCGAACGGUCUCACCAUCUGCGCUGUCUGCCAGGCCAGCUGGCUUCUCAGGAUCUAGGUCGCCUACGGGAGUGGAGAGGAAACAGCUGGAGGGCUCACCUCUGAACCGCCGGAAGGUGCUGGAAAAAGGCCCCACUGUGCCUCCCAUUGCAGCCCCGGCACAGACACCUCCAGCGGGCCCCGCAGAAACUAAAACUAAAGGCGGCGAAUACAAAUCAAUGCUUGAUGAUUCGCCUGUAUUUGAAGGAAACAGGGGUGUGAUCAAUCCUGUGACGGCUCCUAAGAACAGUCGGGGCUCCAGGAUUCAGUGCGUCCACGUAGCUGAGGGCCACACCAAACCUGUACUCUGCGUGGAUGCAACAGAUGACCUACUUUUUACUGGCUCUAAAGAUCGGACUUGUAAGGUCUGGAAUCUGGUGACGGGCCAGGAGAUCAUGUCUCUCGCAGAUCAUCCCAGUAGUGUCGUCUCAGUCAGGUACACCUCCAGCCUUGUCCUCACUGUUUCCUCUGCCUACAUCAAAGUGUGGGAUAUUCGAGACUCCGCUAAGUGUAUCCGUACACUGACGUCAUCAGGCCAAGUUGGGUCAGGGGAUACAUGCUCCACUGCUAAAAGUUUAUCUAUCCCACCGGGAGAGAGUCAGAUAAACCAGAUCGCCCUCAACACUUCCGGCUCGUUUCUGUACGCUGCAGCUGGGAACUCCAUCCGCAUGUGGGACCUCCGCAAGUUUGUCUCUACUGGAAAGCUGAUAGGCCAUUUGGGGCCUGUGAUGUGUCUGACAGUCGAAAAGACGGGCAAUGGACAGGACACCGUGCUCACUGGCUCAAAAGACCACUAUGUCAAAAUGUUUGAAGUGACUGAAGGUGCACAGGGCAGCAUCAGCUCUAGUUACACGUUUGAACCCGCACACCAGGACGCCGUGGAGUCUCUGGUUAUUCAUGGUGACGUCUUCUAUAGCAGCUCCAGAGAUUAUUAUAUAAAGAAGUGGGACAUGGGAAGUAAAAAGUUUGUACAGUCAGUCAGCACCCAGACAGACUGGGUUAGUGCUCUGGGCGUGGUUCCAGGCUCCCCAGUGCUCCUCGGGGGAUGCAGAGGAGGGCUGCUUCGCCUUUGGCAUACCGACUCACUGGCACCCCUUGGUGAGGUCCAGGGGCAUGACAGUCCCAUUAAUGGCUUGGCAACCAACAGUACCCAACUGUUCACAGCCUCUGAUGACCGCACAGUGAAAAUUUGGGAAGCAAAAAACUGCUUGGAGGAAGGACACUAACAGCUGCUCUCUGUUGUCGACAGACAUCCAGUCUACUUGUUAGCUUUUUUCACUUGAGGUUGACCAUGUUGGUCCACUAUUGCUGCCCAACAGGGAUCUGGAUCAGGAAAACCUAAUUGGAUGUUAUUUUUUCCAGGUGAACUUAGUUACUGAUAUUUUAGGUCAACACCAAUUCGCAAAACAGGAAGGCCUUUAAAAUGUCUUCUAGAGUUACAGUGGCCUGAUGUCAGUCAGGAAAAUAUGAUUUAUUCUUUUGUAUUCAUUCUGGGAUCUGGAUCCAGGAGGGCAACAUCUAUGCAUAGUGUUGUUUUUUGUGUUAAAUAAAUGUGGUUAGUCUUCAGCAUCAUUUUGUAAUCAAAGCCUUGAACAUUUCUUCCAACAUCAUUAAUAACUGUGAUCAUAUCUUGUGUGUUGACUUGAUGUCCUGUUUGUCACAACAAUGCAGUGCAGGUCAUUUUGGUUGUGCGAGUGUGUUUGUGUAGGGGAAGUUUCCAGAUGUUGCCGAUGACAGGACCAAGAUACUAAAAAUUAGUUUUUAAGUUGUUUCUGCCCAACACGCCUUAGAUAAAAUACUUAUUUGUGGCAUGUUUUUUGCUAUUUUUUCUUUUUCGUCUUUGAUUUUAUAAAAGAAUAAAAUGAUGUAGAAAUGCAGAAUAUAAACCCAGUCCAUGCCUUGAAAAAAAGCUCAAAUAAAAUGAAGUUACUAAAUGCAUCAUUUGGAAUAGGCUUAAACUUUGAAAUGCUAAUUUAGCUUAAAAAACUUAUUUAGUUAACAAUAUUGGUUCACUUUUUUUUUUUAUCAACAAAAGACCUAAUAUUUAAACUAAAUUUGAUGCAAACCUCUUUAGGUUGUCAGAUAGAUGUGAUUAAGGAUAAAAAUUAAAAGAUACGAGUUGGCUUUUUUUUGUUUGUUUUGGCAGAAACUGGCUUCCGUAUGUUUUGCUUCUUUUUGCAGAUUUAUCUUUUCCCUUGAGAAAUUUU